CACGUCUCCAUGGCCACAAUGGCUGCUAUCAACCCUUAUGGGCAUCUGAUCCGGUCCGCCCGGCCAGGUGUGACUUUCGUUCCUCGCCGCACCUUGACCUAUACCGUCAGCCGUCGUGCCCAAGAGAAUGGCGAUAAUGGACCCAAUGACAAGCCAGAGAACCAAGCGAAGCCUUCUGCCCUCUCCUCCAUCAAGAACUUCUUCUUCGGCGGAAAAUCCGAUGCUGCCGCCAAACCCAAGAUCACCCGCCGAUCCACAGCUCCCAUGAAACGAGAGGGUGGACUGAGUGCUGACUCGAUUUUCGCGGAGGAUGAGGCAUCCCCUAAACUCAUGGCGUCAGGCCGCACUCCGGCCCGCAGACAGGCAGCCGAGCCCGCUGAAGGAGAAGAAGAGGAGGUUAGCUACUCUGUUGAGAGACGGAACAAGACCGGCAUGCAGGCGGUCCUUGACCCUCGCCCUCAAGCACGCGUUCGCUGGGAACGGAAAAUGGUGAUUAAGGAAGUUCGACGUCGUGGUCGUCUUACGAAGGCAGAACAGAUUAUGCGGACAGAGCGGGAGUCCUUGUCCAAGUCGCACUGGUUCAAGACCUCCAUCAAGAAGUUGGGACCCCUGGCCCGUCAGAUUGCCGGAAAGAACAUCGACGAGGCCAUGCUGCAGAUGAGAUUCAGCAAGAAGAAAGCGGCCAAGGAUGUUCUCGACCAUCUCAAGCACGCGAAGAACGUCGCCGUGGUUCGGUCUGGUAUGGGUCUUCCCGCCGAAGGCAAGUCCGCUUUGGAGAAGCCCCUUACCGUUACGCUCAAGUCUGGUGAGCGCAAGAGGAUCACCGACCCAUCAUCAAUCUACAUCUCCCAAGCGUGGGUAAACCGAGGUCCGUACGGUGUGGAUUACGAUCACCGUGCUAGAGGACAGAUCAACAUCCUCCGUCCGCCAUACACCUCCCUGUCCGUCGUGUUGAAGGAGGAGAACACCCGGAUCCGGGAGUGGAAGGACCGUGAGGCUGAGGCCCUGCGCAAGCGCAAGACCAAGCUCUGGACCCAAUUGCCUGACCGCAAAAUCAGCGCCCAGAACCAGUACUACAGCUGGUAA